AUGUCUGCAAAUACAGAGACUGGCUCAGAGGAUGCUAGCGGUGUACAGAAGACGGCGAAAACGACACAAAAUUCGACAGCAGAACUGAACAAAACGAACAAUUUUCAAAGAAUUGCCCACAAGAAAAUGGUCGUCCGUAACUAUCCCCGCAGCAAAAAACUCGAAACACUGGCCGUAUAUUCAAGCUGCAAGUCCGAGGGCUGUAAAUGUAAUGGCUGGAAAAACCCAAAUGCGCCACCACAGCCUCCAGUAGCAGACACAUCUCAGCCAGUUGUAAGCCUAACAGACCCCUGCAAAAGCUGCAGGCAUCCAUUAGAAGCCCAUGUGUCACACUUGGAGAACACAGAUGAAGAAGAACUAAAUAGACUGCUGCGGAUCGUAGUUGAUGUGGAGAACCUCUUUGUGUGUGUCCACCGUGAGGAAGAUGCAGAAGCCAAACAAAUCUACUUUUAUCUUUUCAAAUUGCUCAGAAAAUGUAUUUUGAACACCAGUCAGCCUUCAAUCGAAGGAUCAUUGGGAACACCACCAUUUGAAAAACCCAGCAUAGCCAAAGGUGUAACCAAUUUUGUGGUGUUCAAGUUUGGUACCUUGGCACAAAAAGAAUGGCAGACGAUGUACGACCUGGCAAAAAUGUUCUUACAUUGUCUCAAUCAUUGGAAGUUGUGGCCUCCUGCCAGUAGAGGCCAGCAGCUGGAUCAGAAGGAUGAGAAUGACUACAAACUGAACUACACAAGGUGGUUGUGUUUCUGCCAUGUUCCUGCCUUCUGUGACAGUUUGCCACGCUAUGAAACCACCCUCAUCUUCGGCCAGACUCUGCUGCGUUCAGUUUUUCAAACAAUGAGGCGGACAGCUGCUGGACAAGAGGUUUAUGGGAAUAAUUCUCCAAUUUGGGAUCCAGAUUUUGCUCAGAACACGGCCAAUUUGCCAACUCCUUCCCCUGCAGCCAGCCCUGGUGCAGCAGCAGGCGUUAGUGGUCUGAGCCGGUUCACAUCCUCAACUGUGGGAACCGAUGCUUCUGGAGCUUUGAAUAUCAGUCAUGGCCUUCUUGCUGGUGGUCGGCAGCAGUCGACUCGAUCACAGGAGCCUGCAGAGAAAAGAAAAGCGGAUGAAGCUGGACUUAGUGAUGGAGCUAAAAGGCCAAGGAUCGAUGGAGAUGUUUCAAAAGAGAUGCUGCAAGAAGUCCUGGCAGAAAUAAACUCUGACGGCCCAACAGACACCACCAUGGUGGGACCAGAAAGCAUCUGCCCCACGCAUGCAGCCAGGGACGAACAGGCUAGGCAGGAGGAGAAGGAUGGGAAAAUUGACUUCCACAUCAUCAACAACUCUUUGAGUCACCGACCAAGCAACCAGGUUUUUCUGUGGCUGAUUGAAGUGCAGAAUCUGUUUUCUCACCAGUUGCCUCGCAUGCCAAAGGAGUACAUUACACGUUUAGUGUUUGAUCCGAAGCACAAGUGCUUGGUUCUCAUCAAACAGAACCACGUGAUUGGUGGCAUCUGUUUCCGCAUGUUUCCUGCCCAGUGUUUCACAGAGAUUGUUUUCUGUGCUGUCACCUCUAGUGAGCAAGUUAAGGGAUACGGUACCACCCUGAUGAAUCACCUCAAAGAUUACCAUCUGCUACACAACAUUACCCACUUUCUGACAUUCGCUGAUGAAUUUGCUACUGGCUACUUCAAGAAACAAGGUUUUUCCAAGGACAUUAAACUGCCUCGGUCGCAGUAUUUAGGCUACAUUAAAGAUUAUGAAGGGGCAACACUGAUGGGCUGUGAACUGUGCCCACGAAUAAAUUACACAGAUUUCUCCAGGGUUAUUCGCAAGCAGAAAGAGAUCAUUAAAAAGAUUGCAGCAAGGAGAAGUAUUGAAACGGAGAAAGUCUACAGUGGGGUUGGUUUGUUCAAAGAAGGCGUCAAGCUGCCCCUCCCUCUUGAGUCUAUACCAGGAUUGGUAGAGUCAGGAUGGAAACCACCAGUCAAGAAGGAGAAGGAGCCUCAGCAAGAUCCAGACCAGUUGUACACUGUGUUACGGACAAUACUACAACAAGUAAAAAGUCAUGCAAGUGCUUGGCCUUUCUUGAAGCCAGUGGACAAGUCAGAAGCACCAGAUUACUAUGAUCAUAUCAAGUUUCCUAUGGACUUGCGGACCAUGACAGAGCGACUGAAAGCCAGAUACUAUGUGCACAAACAUUUGUUCAUCGCAGACAUCAAUCGCAUCGUCACAAACUGCAGAUCGUACAAUGAACCAGAUACAGAAUACUACAAGUGUGCCAACACCAUUGAGAAAUAUUACAUCACUAAGAUGAAGGAAGCUGGUCUCAUGGACAAGUGA